AAAAUUGUUAUUAUUACAAAAUAACUGUUACACCUGUAUAUUUUGCUAUUAUACAUAAUAAAUGUUUAAAUAACGCCUCUUAAUUAUAAAAUUUCUCGCUACUGUAUUUAGAGAGUAGGUAUUUAGUAUUUUACUAUACUAAAUGGUUCAUGGUACAUGGUACAUCCAUGGUACACCAAAUCCGGUUCUAUUUCCAUUACGCUUUUGCCGUUUGACAUUUGAGGACAAGACGAUUAGGACCGAAAAAUGUAAAAGUGCUGAAAGAAUUAUCCUUAAUAUAUUUGUGUGAAAAGGAUUAUACAGCUAACAAAUUGUGUGUUCAUUAAAUAUAGUGUUAUUAUUAGAUAUUUUUAUACUUAAUGUUAAAAUGAGUGUUUUUACAUCAUUUUUUGAACUUCUUAUCAAACAAACGUGUCGCCGAGCUUCAUAUGAAUUCGAAAUGGGCUCUAAACAAUCAAAAUCUGCAGAAGACUCAUCUGGCAUUUAUUCACUGGAGUUUUUAAAGUCGCUGUAUGAUAAACCAAGAGAUAAUAUACAUAAACUUCUAAAGAUCCCUGAGAAUCAUUUGAAAAGUGUAAGAGCAAAUGGAUUGAAUUGGUUGAACAGUAAUGAUAUUACUAAAGUCGAAAGGAAACUGCUAUUGGAUUUCCUUAAAAAAGUUAAAGAUAUGUCUCCUUCAAAAUCCCAGCAGUGGAUUGAUUUACAGCAUUACAUGCACUAUGUGUAUAGAAACUUUGCUAAUGCUAAUCCUGACCCAUCCGCAGAAGUUCUGUCUGCCUUUUUUAUCAAUGAAAUCAAAGAUUUGGUUAAAAAUUUAAUACAAGAAGAUGAGAGUCAGCUGUAUUUGAGAAUUUUAGCAAUAUUGAGAGAAUAUUGUAUAUUUGCCCAGUGGAAUUAUAGUAAAUCUGAUGGAGAUCAUACAAUAACAAAGUUAUUUUAUUACUAUGAAGCCAUGUUAUCAGCUGCCAAGAAUUUAAGUACUGUCUUCUCUGAAUUUGAGGUUAUAAUAUAUAAAAACUAUUCAGUGUGCUGGAUUGACUUUAACACAUGUGUUUUUAUAAGAUACUUUUUUGAAACUGAAUAUGUGCAGAAUAAAAUUUAUCAGUGUUUAGAGACUCGACUUAGUCCGGGCGAUACUCCUGCUAUGUUCGGAUUACUUGAAGAUUUAAAAAACCUGUGGGUGAAAGAACAAAAAAGAUUAGAUAAAAUAAACGAGGAGGCUACUUUGGACGAAAGUUGUGAAUAUUAUCGUACUGAAGAAACUAUGAUAACUGAACAUAAGAAGGUUUUAGCAAAUAAUUUUUGGAUAGAACGUUCUAAAGAGGAGAUAGAUAACUUGAAUUUAAGUAGAUUUGACCAUCAGAUAUUUCAUCUUCUCGGCGAUCCAACAUUCCAUCCUGCAGGGCCAAUUUUAGACCGAAAUGGACAGUGCAUUUGUGAAGAAUGCUUGAUUGCGAAAUAUAAGUGCAUUUUAGAUUUAAAUCAGGAGCAGUUGAAUGAGAAAAUACUUAAAAACAAUCAGCGAUUAUCAUAUUGUCGGAAAUGUCAAAAUCUCGUUGAUUUGGAUUAUUUUCAUCACCAUAUUAACUGUCAUGCUAAUUCUGAUUUAGACCAUAACAAGUCGUUACUAUUAAAGCGGUCAACAAAUCUAUCUCGAAUAAUUUCAGAUAAAAUUGAUUUUGUAAAAUUGGGUAAUGGUUCAUCAAACUUAACUGAUGCGAUGGUAACAGAACAAUCUGUUGACAAAGAACAAUUUAAUUCCGUCACUAAAGAUCCAUCAUUAAGAUUAGCUAAUGAACCACCCGUUUUUAAAAACACCUGCGAUAUUCAUUUCUCAAAAUCAAAUGGUGAAGUAAAAGGCGACAUAGAUAGCACUAAGGUAGUUUUUGAAGAAUUUCUUAAACAUAGGAAGGAAACUAUGAAUAAGAGCGAACAAGUUUUGAAUAAAAAUGUUAAGAACUUCAUUAAGAUUAAAAAGGACAUUUUUACUCACAGUGGAAAUUUUGCUGAGAAGGUAUUUGAUAACGUUUUCAAACAGACGCCGCAACAUAUAAGUGGACAACGAAAGUGUGAGACCACACGUGAUAGCAAUUUAAAAAUGAGGGAUAUUAAAAAAAAUGGGCACAAAUCGUACCAAUUGUCUUGUAAAUCUACAGUAACUCCUAAACCAUGCGAGCACAGUUGCAAACAUGAGGAAGAAACUAAACCAAGUCCUUGUCAAAGCCUUGGAGCUACCUGUGACCACCACAAGGAAUCAAAGAAAUGUGAUUGCACUUAUUGCGAAGUAUUCGGAACGUCAGUUACGUCUCACACUCAUAAAAGUAAUGAACUCCGUGAUAGAUUAAGGAUAAGGCUUCAUCAAAGAAGGGAAAAGCGAACGAAAGAUACUUGUAAAAAUCCACCUUCGGCUGUUAUUACUGCCACAAAUAUUAACAAUGCAAAAGUAAAAAAUGUUGUGAAUAAGGUAGAAGAAAGAGUACCACUUCCCUCGUCUCCAACAAAUAUUCCUCCUGCGCCAUCAGUCAAAUCUUCUGAUUCGUCUAUAACAACAUCCUCUGCAACUGACGAUAUUCAUGGAUUAGUCAAUUAUAUAGAAGGAAAUACUGCACUUAAUAAGAUGGAAUUGGCUCAAAAAAAAGCGGCCAAGAAGGCUCGUCAACGUUUGAAAAAGGAAGAAGAAAGAAUGAAGGUAGAAAAUGAACAGAGAAGAAUCGCUGAAGAGUUAACAAGGAAGGAGGAAGAAAAGAAGAAGGAAAUUAAUAAAAAAUUAGUUGAAGCAGAAAAAUCCAGAAAUUUGUACCAAGUUAAGAAUGACGGCAAGAAAAAAACUAAACGGGACCAAUCAGAUAGAAAGCUAAGUGAAAAACAGGAGAAAGCGCAGCAGAAGAUAGUUUCUGAAAAAUCUCAAAUAUUGGAGGAAACCAUUCCUGCAAUGGUAACCAUCAAACGGGUGGCAGAAAAUGGAAGUAGUACCCCUACAGUAACAAUUACAUUGAAAGGCUCCACUCCAGAUCAGGAUAAAUUACUUUAUACCUUAGUAAACGGAAUGGAUGAAAAUUGUUCUAGUAAAGUUGGUGAUAAUGUUACUAACCAGACAUCCACUUCCAAAAAGAAAAAAAAGAAGAAACAGCAAAAUAACCAACCUGCCUCUACGGUUAUUACCAAGGAAUUAAAAGUUACAUUAGCACUGGAUUCUAAUAAACCACAUCUUACAGAUCUCUCAUGUCAAGAAACCAAAAAAGUAACCAAAAGCAGUAUGAAGAGUAAUGAUAAAAAAGCUGUGACUAAACAGAACGCAAACAAUAAUAAUGAUGAUAGAUGUCAUGAUGAUAUACAAAUACCUAUGCUCCGCCUUCCACCAGGUAUUACCAUUACAAAAGUCGAAGGACCAGUUUCUAAUCGUUGUUACCAAGUAACUAAUAUGGAAGAUCAAAAGGGGUCUGCCAUCAAUGUGGGUAAAUCUGGAGUAAUAGUAGUUGAUACAGAAAAACUAAUUCAGAAUAAACAGUGUAGUGAGGUAGCUCCAACAAAACCAACGAAGAAUGGUAAAAAGAGUAGGAAGAAAAAAAAUAAGAAGCAAAUAGAGAAUCCUACCAGUCCAAAUACUCAUCAACCUAACAAUAGUGUUAAUAAAAAGAUGAUAACAUUAAAAAAUCCGAUAUUCCAAUCGUUCCAAAGUAAAUCUGAUCCUCCACCAGUGGAUAAAAAUGGGGAUGGUUGUGGUCCAGCGGCAAUAUUUACUAAUGAAAAUGGUAUGGUGACCAUACGAAGUUCCAGAUUACAGCAGUCUUUAGCUAACGGCGGAGUAUUAAAUGCUAUGCCCUUAAUGUCCAUGCCCAAGUUGCUACCAGAAAUGCAAAAAUCGAAAACAAAUUCUAACCGUUAUAUGCCUAGCCAUCAGAAUAUAACUGAAGAAAAAAAUGAAAUUAUUUCACCAUUUAAUGCUCAAGAGAUUCUUUCUGGAUUACCGGGUAUUGAAAUAACCAAAGUUGACAAAAAAUAUAUAAAACCCGACCUAGAAUCUAAUAAAUCUUGCCAAACUGCCCAAGUUUCCAUAAUACCUGCUUCAAAUAGUGGAGAGAAAUUCAAUUUUGACAAGGAUGAUUGGUUAUAUGAUAGUGUAUUUACCCCAAGGGAAGUACUGGAAGAUGACAUGGACGCAGAGGAAUUGGAACUAGAAGCCUUUAAACGCUUCUGCCAGCAGUCCAUCCCGCCUCCAAGAAAAGAAAAGGUUGCUCACUUAAACGUUGCUGAUAUAGUCUUAAAGAAGAAAACAGAUGUCAAUUUAGUUUGAUUUUUUAAUUGUAUUUUAUUUCUUUACAAGUUUGUUUUUAUUUAGUGAAACUAUAAUGUGAUAAUUUAUUAUUUUUGGUCCUUUAUUAUAUUUAUAUUCAAUCAAUAAAUGAUUGUUCAGACAAAACUGAACAUUUAUU